GUACCCUGGGAGCACAUGACCAAGAAACAAGUACAGAGCCUCCCAGACCUACAGAACAAAGUCACGACUCCACAUCCGAGGGAGAUGCUAAGGCCCCAGUGCGAAGGGAGACAACUGUGCCCUGUGCAGGAUAUGGGCCUCUCUUUCCAGCUGGGCUGGGACAUCCUGAUCACCAGCGUGGAUGCCAUGACAACAUUCAAGGACCUCUGUGAGGAAGUGCGAGACAUGUGUGGCCUGCACCAGCAGCACCCGCUCACCCUCAAGUGGGUGGACAGUGAAGGUGACCCUUGUACCGUGUCCUCACAGAUGGAGCUGGAAGAAGCUUUCCGGCUGGCCUGUCAGGGCAGAGAUGAAGUGCUCAUCAUCCAUGUUUUCCCAAGCAUUCCAGAACAGCCAGGCAUGCCUUGUCCUGGAGAAGACAAAUCCAUCUACCGCCGUGGGGCCAGAAGAUGGAGGAAGCUGUACCGCGCCAACGGCCACCUCUUCCAAGCCAAGCGCUUUAACAGGAGAGCGUACUGUGGCCAGUGCAGCGAAAGGAUAUGGGGUCUCGCGAGGCAGGGCUACAGGUGCAUCAACUGCAAGCUGCUGGUCCAUAAACGCUGCCACGUCCUCGUCCCGCUGACCUGCAGGAGGCAUAUGGAUUCUGUCAUGCCUUCCCAAGAGCCUCCAGUAGAUGACAAGAAUGAUGGUGUAGACCUUCCUUCAGAGGAAACUGAUGGAAUUGCUUAUAUUUCUUCAUCCCGGAAACAUGACAACAUCAAAGAUGACUCUGAGGACCUUAAGCCUGUCAUCGAUGGGGUAGACGGUAUCAAAAUCUCUCAGGGGCUGGGGCUGCAGGACUUCGACCUCAUCAGAGUCAUCGGGCGUGGGAGCUAUGCCAAGGUCCUCCUGGUACGGCUGAAGAAGAACGAUCAGAUUUAUGCCAUGAAGGUGGUAAAGAAGGAACUUGUCCACGAUGACGAGGACAUCGACUGGGUGCAGACAGAGAAACAUGUGUUCGAGCAGGCGUCCAGCAACCCCUUCCUGGUUGGCUUACACUCCUGUUUCCAGACGACGAGCCGGUUGUUCCUGGUCAUAGAAUAUGUCAAUGGGGGGGACCUCAUGUUCCACAUGCAGAGGCAGAGGAAGCUUCCAGAGGAGCACGCCAGGUUCUAUGCUGCUGAGAUCUGUAUUGCUCUCAACUUCCUCCAUGAGAGAGGGAUCAUCUACCGGGACCUGAAACUGGACAACGUCCUACUUGAUGCCGACGGACACAUUAAGCUGACGGACUAUGGCAUGUGCAAGGAAGGCCUGGGCCCUGGUGAUACAACAAGCACUUUCUGUGGAACCCCAAACUAUAUUGCCCCUGAAAUCCUGCGAGGAGAAGAGUACGGGUUCAGCGUGGACUGGUGGGCGCUGGGCGUCCUCAUGUUUGAGAUGAUGGCUGGGCGCUCCCCCUUUGAUAUCAUCACGGACAACCCUGACAUGAACACCGAAGACUACCUUUUCCAAGUUAUCCUGGAAAAGCCAAUCCGGAUCCCCCGCUUCCUGUCUGUCAAGGCCUCACACGUCUUGAAAGGAUUUUUAAAUAAGGAUCCCAAAGAGAGACUUGGCUGCCGACCGCAGACUGGGUUUUCCGACAUCAAGUCCCAUGCCUUCUUCCGCAGCAUAGACUGGGAUCUGCUGGAAAAGAAGCAGGCCCUGCCUCCCUUCCAGCCCCAGAUCACAGAUGACUAUGGCCUGGACAACUUUGAUACACAGUUCACCAGCGAGCCCGUGCAGCUGACUCCAGAUGACGAGGACGUCAUAAAGAGGAUUGACCAGUCUGAGUUUGAAGGCUUUGAGUACAUCAACCCGCUUCUGCUCUCUGCUGAGGAGUCCGUGUGAGGCCACGAGCGUCUCUGUUGUGGACACGCCUGUGAAUGACCCUGUCACUUUACCCUUAACCACAGCAUAUGCAUGCCAGGCUGGGCACGAGGCUCUGAGCAGCCAAGGAGGGAUGCUGGCCACCGAGACCGCAGAGGGGCAUCCAACAGGCACUUCUGGACAGAGCAGUCUCUUGUGUCCAGACCCCAGAGGCUGGCUUUGUGCUGGAGGAAUCGCUUCCUGUGCCCAUGGCAGCCCGACCAGAGGGCGAGACAGUCAACGCCGUUUUGAAGGUGCACAUUUUCCACAGAAACAGAACUCGAUGCACUGACCCGCUCCAGGAAAGUUAGCGUGUAAUGCCCUGAGGAAUAAAAUGUACCGAUGAUGUCGAAGCUUCCUCUGAUGCCUUUUUUCUGAGUGGCACCCGCCUGACGUCCCCAACGCAGCCCCCACGUGAGGAGGAGCUGCGUUUUCUGAGCAGGCAGAACGUAGGCAGGGGACGGGCACCCAAGUGCCUGCAGGGAUGCACUGCAACAAGAAUUGUUACAGAUUCGGAACGUUUUCUAAAUCCCGGUAAGUUCUGUUGUUAAUAUUUAACAAGUAUUUUCAUACCUAGUGCAGCUAGCCAUGGUAGUCCAAGGCUGAAGUGACAUCCUGGCUAAGUUGGUGGCGCUGUUCCCACCAGCCCUUUGGACUCUGAUGGGGGAAACUGGAUUAUAGAGAUUCUAAAACAUUGCUCACCAAAGCACCAGUAAACCAAAUAAAUAGGUAAAUAAAUAAAAAGGGAAAAAUAAUUGAAAACUAAAUCCGCACAAAAUAUAUUUCUGAAAACACUAGCCAGUGCCUCCAAGAUGUCUUGUGUUAUACAUUAGAUUUUUGGAAAAUAUUUUUAUCACUAAUACUCCAGAUUAGAAAAUUUAAAGACACGUGUGUGAUGGACCCUAGCCUUAAAGCGACAGAAUACCCAUAAUCCUGUACUCUUCCUGAGGAAGCAAGUCUGCUUCCAUAACUGUUGUGCUCAGCCAUCCUCCUCCUCCUUAGAUUAGAGGCAGUUCGGGAAGCCAACCCAAGGUUUCCUGGAAAGAGGUUAGCUAAGUCCUUAGCAGGUCAGGUGUGGCAGGAGCCAUCAUUUCAGCCCUUUGGUAGUGCGGGAGACAGCUGCACUGCAGUGACUGAGCACCCCAGCUCCACUCAAGCCAGGCUGGCCAAUGUAGCAAACGUGCUACAUGCCCCCAACCCUGCCGGAAUGAGGCCUCGGGUCUCCAUGUGAGGCAGGGUGGAGUCCAGCCUCCGGUCACAGCUGCUUCAUGCCUCGGGGCUGGUGGCCCUGUCACAUUUCGAAGUUAGAGAAAAUGAAAAGUUAGAGGCGCUGUUGCCGUGCUGCCCUGUGGCCGCCCGCAGCCCUCACCCCAAUACACUCAGGUUUCUCAGGCCAUUGCCAUGUCUGGCACUGAACACAUCAGAGCCACACCCAGGUCCACGGUGCUGGGACAGAACAGGCAACCCAGGCUUCUGACAUCAUACCCCAAAUCCAGGCUUCUGGGUGGCUCUGUAACUCCUAUUGAACAUGGACACAUUUCAACCAGCACUCCCAGUGUCCAUCAGUAAGACUUGUCCCCAGCAACUGCUCAAAAAAAAAAUGCAAAGAGCCUAAGAGCCAAUUUUUUGGGCCUCCUAGGGGUGUCCAGCCCAGCCUGGGGAUGUCCAGGUGGCUGGAGCCCCAGUCUGAGGGCUGUGCAGUCACACCUGCCUAUGAGCCAAAAUGCUAAAAUGAAGAGCCCGCAAAUGGUCCAAGAGCAAACCGGCUCCUGCAAGCUCCUUUCCUCCCAGUGUGCUGCCUAGGGACAGCAACAACUCCUUUGCCCAAACAGCACAGGGGCCCUUGGUUUGUUAGAAAUGGGGUUGUUUAUUUGGAUACUGCCCUAUUGCCAAAUGACUUGCUGGUUACUGGUUCGGCUGCUCAUGUACAAAUGUGUGAAUAACAUUGUGCCCACCAGAAGGGGAGAUUUUUAUAUAUAGUAAUUUGUUUUAUAAAUUAAAGAAAGUGAAGGAUGUAAUGAAAUGUGACUUGGGGUGGGUGGGUGGGAAAUACCUUAACGUUUUGCAAACGGCUCCAGGCAAGAUAGCGUGUGUCUUUUGAAAAUGGUUCACGAACACUGGUGACUUUCAUGAUUGUAAAGCAGUAGCCAUAACCAUGUGGUUUUGUACAAUUGAUCAGUGGAGCCCAUCGCUGGCCGGCGUUCCUUCUGUGGACGAUGUUCUCGCCCUCCACGGCCAAGGUCGUUCGUAUUCUUGCACAUCUAUUAAAGACUUUGAUGAAAAUGC